AAAAACGUGGACAACGUUUCGUGCCGUGUAUCCUGUAUAUGUGCCACGCGUUGGAAUGAUCCCCUCGUAAUGACUCGUAAUUACGGGAAGGAGGAGCGAACGUCGUGCUGGAACGAUUUAAGGAACACCUAGCGCUACCCCCUCCCCCCUUCUCCGCCUAUAAUGAUUAGGUGCACGCGACUUCGAGGAUUACCCGGUUGAAGUGUGGUGAGUCCAAGGAUAAGAGAUCGUGGAUCGUGGUCCGAACAACGUCGACUUUCGACUUACAUCCUACAGAUAAGAUUAUCGCCCGGAUCCCGAGAAUCCCCUCUCCCCCCGGAGAGUGUCCAAAUCAAUCGGAGAUCCAUCAAGGGGAACUGAACGACAUUCGAUCGACGCGGGCGGGCACGCAAUAUGGACACGUCGCCGACGUUGAGUAUCGGUGGCUCGAGGGCGAGGGCAGCGCUUCUGACCACGAGCGGCACCGGAACCGGAAGCACCGAUAGACGCGUCGUCUUUUUAGCGAGUCAACCGGCGGUUGGGGGUGGCCACGAGACCAAGACUUGGCCCCACCAUUGGUCACCGCACGCGACCGGUAACAGUUACAAAUCGCCCGAGGAGUCGCCGCAUUCGGAGCACAGCAGAUUGAGGAUGUCUCGAGGACAGGCGGGUUGGUCGGACGAGCCGUGCGCGUCGUCGAGCGGCGGUCGAAGCGGGCGACAGUCCGCGGGGCCAUCGGCGAGGACGACGCCUCCAAUCUUCGAGGACCGGUCUUCCGCCACCUCGAUCUGUAAAGGUGGAUUCAGAUUAGGCGUUUACGGUUGGAGGAAAAAGUGUUUGUACUCUUUGGUGCUCGCCCUGAUGCUGAUCGUGAUCCUGAACCUGGCGCUCACCGUGUGGCUGCUCAAAGUCAUGGGAUUCAGUACGGAGGGAAUCGGCUCCCUGAAGGUGGUGCCCGGAGGGAUCGAGCUCAGAGGUCAGGCCGCCGUUCUGGAUGCCCUGGUGGCCUCCAGCCUCAGAUCCAGACGGGGGAAGAAUCUGGUUCUCGAGUCGUGGAACAACUUCACGGCGUCGGCCAGGUCGCGCGAUGGCCGAUUGCUCGCCCGAUUCACAGUUGGCGAGGAUCGUGUGGACUGCGUGUCGAGAGGCUUCCGGAUAACCGACCCUCAAGGAGGAAUUCUCUUCUCGGUGGACAGGGAGCAGGUGGUGGUCGGGGCGGAGAUGUUGAAGGUGACCGGCGACGGGGGUGCCGUUUUCCAGGGCAGCGUUCAAACGCCUCUGGUCAGAGGGGAAUCUGGCCGUGGCCUCAGAUUGGAAUCAGCGACCAGAUCCCUGAAGAUCAGCGCCCCCCAACAAGUGGCAAUCGAGUCGUGGGCGAACGAGAUCUCGGCUUCCUGUCUAACGGAUCUGAAACUCGAGAGCGUGCACGGAGCGAUCAAGCUGGAGGCGAAGACUCUGUUCAUGAAAGGGUUGAAGACGGCCAGCCCGAGCCAAGGCCACUCGUCCAGGGAGCAACAGCAACAGCAGCAGCAGCAGCAUUCACCGAGGACAGGGUCCUCUCCUCACCAGAGCCAAAGAGACACGACCAUCUAUCAGUUGUGUGCCUGUGCUAACGGGAAACUGUUCCUCGCCAGAUCCGAGGGGACGUGCCAAGCGGACAAAUCGAUUUGCUAAUACCUAGGACCACGAUCUAGAAAUCUACUGCCAUCACCACCACUACUACUAUUACCACUAUUACCACUACUACUACUACUACUACUACUAUUAUUACUACCACUACGC